AUGAGGCAAUCACAAGUUACUCUCGCUCUUGGAAGAUCUACCAAGCGCUUCAUGCAAACCAUCCAGCAGCAGCCCAGCGUGGUUAUGACUCCCCUUGUUUUUUCCAACAAUAAGUCAUCAGCAUCAGCCACCUCCAGUGAUGCAUCUGCUCAAACCGAUUCUCUAGCCUCUGCUGGCAAGAAGUGGACUACAUACUCUCUGCCGCGAGUGUCUCAACCGGCUAAGCCCAUUUCCUUUGCACCUCUCAAGAAGACGGCUGCUUCUACCCCAUUUAAGCUGAGCACACCAUCAAGCCAGCCUAUUUCCCAAAAGUCAAUUCCCACCACAAACACAAGUACAAAUACAUCCACAACUACAAGCACAAUUUCUUCCCCCGCACAGUCUGUCAAUACGACUAAUACUGAGCCUUUAAUCAAUGCAUCUACCACAACCACAACCACUACAACCACACCUGCCCAUGCACCUGCACCAGCACCUGCUGCUAAGCCUCGCAGAAAACUGAGACCCCGCAAGGCAGCUAUUACCCUUUCUUCCACAGCGGUCGAGCACUUGCGUAACCUGCUAAACCAGCCCAACCCUCAGAUGAUUCGCAUUGGCGUUCGUAACCGGGGUUGCUCUGGUCUGACUUACCACCUUGAGUAUGUUGAUCAACCAGGCAAGUUUGAUGAGGAGGUUAUUCAAGAUGGUGUUAAGGUGCUGAUUGACUCCAAGGCUUUGUUUUCCAUUAUUGGCUCUCAAAUGGAUUGGAUUGACGAUAAGCUUUCUUCGCGAUUCGUGUUCCACAACCCCAACUCCAAGGGUGAGUGCGGAUGCGGCGAGUCCUUUAUGGUUUAA